UUGUAUCAUUGUGUUUCCCGAGUUAUUUAGAGGUGGACCGAGGUCAUAUCGCGUGUCGUCCGUACAGCUACCACUCGUCCGGAUUAUGAGGCCAGUUACCGUCAUCGCUGUUUCGGGCUCGCUAUUGAAAUACUCGAGUCAUGGCAUAUCUACAAGACCAGUGCUAUCUAGGUCAUACACUACAGCUGCUGCCGCAACGAGCUUCGUUUAUAAAAAACGACUCGAUACUACGCCGUUGAUGUCAUCCCGCUUGGCCGGUCGGCAGUGGUUACCAGGUGGUCGCUCCUCGCAAAAUAAAUACCCGCAGUAUAUUGCCAGCCCCCGGGACAAUUUUCCAGCAGUAUAUACACUGCCAAGUGCGAUCAAAUCAGAGAGUCUCGACGAGGAUACCAUGAGAAAACUUUCCGAGACAGCACGGGAUUUGAUCGAACGCAAACUUCAUAUUCACGGAGCUAUCCUCUUCACUGACAUGUCUUUAAUCAACGCCGACGAUUUCUCUCGGUUCAUGAAUGGUCUUGGCUACUCAUUGGCGGGAUACGAGGGGGGUACAGCAGUCCGCCAUAAUGUUGCAAGUAGCGUAUUGACAGCCAGUAAUGACCCCCCUUCUUACACGAUUGAACCCCACAACGAGAUGUCGUACACGGAUAAUUACCCGUUAAAGAUAUUUUUCUACUGCGAGAUUCCUCCUGGGGAGGGAUGUGGAGGAGAAACUGUGAUAACUGACGUGCGCAAAAUAUUACCUAGGGUGGACAACCACAUUGUUGACAAGGUGCGAGAGCAUGGGAUACAAUAUGUACGGCACCUUCCAUCCAAGUCUCCUGGCGGAUAUACUAGUUGGCAAGAGGCAUUCUUCACUGAAAAUAAAGCUGACAUCGAAAGGUUCAUGGAGAAACGCAAUCGUACGUAUUGCUGGAACGAGGAUGGUUCAUUAUCAUAUUGGUAUACGCUGCCAGCGUUUGUGAAACAUCCUAAAACAGGGGAGGAAGUGUGGUUUAAUCAACUACAUUCACACAAUGCAUCCUACUUCAAGGAUCAUCCCACGUGGAAAAACCGAAAUAUCUCGGAUGACAGGUAUCCAUUUCACUCUUACUACGGCGACGGAAGCGUCGUGGAGCCGGGAACCUUGCAACAUCUUCGUGACAUCGCCUGGCAGUUGUCUGUUGGAUUUCAGUUAAAGAAAAGCGACAUGCUUGUUUUAGAUAAUGUGUAUACGCAGCAUGCACGGUUGGGAUUUACUGGACAACGAAAGUUGUUGGUCAGCAUUGCAAUGGAUUAA